AACUGCCUGCCUUCAGCCCAGCGAGAGAGGGAGUUUGGGCUCCGUUUGUGGAGAGCUCAAAGGAAAGCCAAUUCUGUUCGCAGUCCCCAGCUCCCUUGGCCAUGGCACCACAGCGACGACUUCUCAUCCGCGGGGGUCGCGUGGUCAACGAUGACUUCUCACAGGUGGCCGACGUGCUAGUGGAGGAUGGCGUGGUGCGGGCGCUGGGGCGGGACCUGCUCCCUCCCGGGGAUGCAUCUCGGGGGCUCCGGAUCCUAGAUGCAGCCGGCAAGCUCGUCCUGCCCGGAGGCAUCGACACGCACACGCACAUGCAAUUCCCGUUCAUGGGCUCGCAGUCAGUCGACGACUUCCACCAGGGCACCAAGGCUGCUUUGGCAGGAGGCACCACCAUGAUCAUUGAUUUUGCCAUUCCUCAGAAAGGCGGCUCCCUCAUCGAGGCCUUUGAGACCUGGCGCAACUGGGCAGACCCGAAAGUCUGUUGUGACUAUAGCCUGCAUGUGGCAGUGACGUGGUGGAGUGACAAGGUAAAAGAAGAAAUGAAAACUCUUGUCCAAGAUAAAGGCAUUAACUCUUUCAAGAUGUUUAUGGCCUACAAAGAUCUGUACAUGGUGCAAGACGAACAAAUGUAUGCGGCCUUCUCUCAGUGCAAGGAGAUAGGAGCAAUUGCUCAGGUGCAUGCCGAGAAUGGAGAUUUGAUCGCAGAGGGAGCAAAGAAGAUGCUGGCGCUAGGGAUAACAGGCCCUGAGGGGCACGAGCUGUGCCGUCCCGAAGCAGUGGAGGCAGAGGCCACCCUGAGAGCCAUCACCAUAGCCAGCGCUGUGAACUGCCCUCUCUACAUCGUGCACGUGAUGAGCAUAUCUGCAGCGAAGGUGAUAGCUGAUGCAAGGAGAGAAGGCAAGGUGGUCUAUGGAGAACCAAUUGCAGCAGGUCUUGGCACUGAUGGCACACAGUACUGGAGUAAAGAAUGGAGCCACGCAGCCCACCAUGUCAUGGGUCCUCCACUGAGACCUGAUCCUUCAACACCUGGCUUUCUCAUGAAUCUGUUGGCUAAUGGUGAUCUGAGCACAACAGGGAGUGACAACUGCACUUUCAACACCUGUCAAAAAGCUCUAGGGAAGGAUGACUUCACUAAGAUUCCCAACGGGGUGAAUGGUGUCGAGGACAGGAUGUCGGUGAUAUGGGAAAAGGGUGUGCACAGUGGUAAAAUGGAUGAAAACAGAUUUGUGGCAGUUACCAGCACAAAUGCAGCCAAAAUCUUUAAUCUUUAUCCGAGAAAAGGAAGAAUAGCUGUAGGCUCAGAUGCUGACAUUGUGAUCUGGGACCCAGAAGCCACAAGGAGGAUCUCAGCCAAAACACAUCAUCAGGCCGUUAACUUCAACAUCUUCGAGGGCAUGGUUUGCCAUGGGGUGCCCCUGGUGACUAUUUCAAGAGGCAGAGUGGUGUAUGAAGCAGGUGUGUUCGACGUCACAGCAGGACAUGGGAAGUUUAUUCCACGCCAACCCUUCGCAGAAUACAUUUACAAAAGAAUCAAGCAGCGAGACCAGACCUGCACACCUGUGCCAGUGAAGCGUGCACCCUACAUGGGGGAAGUCAUCACACUGAAACACAGAGAGACAAAAGAAGAUGACACAGCUGGAACCAGGAUGCAGGGCCACUCCUGAUCUGGAUGCUGGGGUGAAGCAAGUGCAAAGCAAAAGCAGAGCAAAGGCUCCGAAGCCCCCCUCCCUGCCACGCUGCCAACCCCUGGAGAAAGCACCUGCUAUUUCAACUCCCCAAGAUCCUUUAAGAAAAAUCAUUGCUCUAGGCCUCUUUGAUUUUUCUCUCAAAAGCAAUAGCUGUCUGCCUCACUGUGCCUUUGUUGCUGUGGAAGAUUGAAGAUAUAAAUGAACAUUAUUGGGAUGGGGCGUCUGCAUGAAGAUUCAUUGAAGAUUCCUUUCAAAUCCCAUCUUUCCUUACACUAGAUUUCCUUCUUUGGAUUUUUAAAGAUUUCUUUCUGGUGCAAAGGUUUUGUUUGUUUGUUUUGUUUUAAUGUCUACAUUUGUUUGAAAAAUCACUGUGAUUUUACAUUUCAUCACA